CUUCACAUCAACACCCACCGGCAGCUUCCCCAGGAACCUUGGGGCCUCUCGGGAGCCCCAGCAAGCAGCCUCGGGGAGCAACCCGGGGCGGCGCGUGGGCUCCGCUCCUCCGGCGCGGCGUGGGCGAGGGGAGCGGCGCUCGGAGCGCACCCAGGAGCCCGACGCCGCCCGGGUCUGCGCCGCUGCUAGUGCCAGGCGGGCGACGGUCAGUUACCAAGGAUCUGGGCGGGGGAGAGUGUGUGCGGGGGUCCCCGGGAACCUCCUUAGCCCUCCUACCCGGUCUGACUCCUCCUCCUCCAGGCGCGGGGCUCGUGCCCGCCACCGCCGGCGCGCACCGCGCCUCCGCCCGCGUCCCCCCAAUUUCCCCCCCGCCCCAGCUCCUGCCAUCGUUUUCCCCCUCCUCCUCUUCCUCCUCCUCCGCCCAUCACCGCCACUACGAACGCCUUCGUCUCCUACACCUCGCACCGCCGCCGCUCCUCGCGCUGCGCUCUGGCUUCCACCAGCCCAUCGCUCCGCGCUCGCUCGGCUGCUGCAGUCUCAGUCAGUCUCUCUAAGUUUCCUAUCUCGUCAAGAUCAGGGCAAAAGGAAGAGCACACCGAAUUCUGCUCGCCGUUUCAGAGCGGCGGUGAUGAAGACAAAAUUGAACAUCUACAACAUGCAGUUGCUGCUUUUUGUUUUCUUGGUGUGGGACCCUGCCAGGUUGGUGCUGGCUAACAUCCAAGAAGAUGAGGCUAAAAAUAACAUUACCAUCUUUACGAGAAUUCUUGACAGACUUCUGGAUGGUUACGAUAAUCGGCUUAGACCAGGACUGGGAGACAGUAUUACUGAAGUCUUCACUAACAUCUACGUGACCAGUUUUGGCCCUGUCUCAGAUACAGAUAUGGAAUAUACAAUUGAUGUUUUCUUUCGACAAAAAUGGAAAGAUGAACGUUUAAAAUUUAAAGGUCCGAUGAACAUCCUUCGACUCAACAAUUUAAUGGCUAGCAAAAUCUGGACUCCAGAUACCUUUUUUCACAAUGGGAAAAAAUCAGUAGCUCAUAAUAUGACAAUGCCAAAUAAGUUGCUUCGAAUCCAGGAUGAUGGGACUCUGCUGUAUACAAUGAGGCUUACAGUUCAAGCUGAAUGCCCAAUGCACUUGGAGGAUUUCCCAAUGGAUGCUCAUUCGUGUCCUCUGAAAUUUGGCAGCUAUGCAUAUACAACUUCAGAGGUCACUUAUAUUUGGACUUACAAUGCAUCUGAUUCAGUACAGGUUGCUCCUGAUGGCUCUAGGUUAAAUCAGUAUGACCUUCUGGGCCAAUCAAUUGGAAAGGAGACAAUUAAAUCCAGUACAGGUGAAUACACUGUAAUGACAGCUCAUUUCCACUUGAAAAGAAAAAUUGGGUAUUUUGUGAUUCAGACAUAUCUGCCUUGUAUCAUGACUGUCAUUCUCUCCCAAGUUUCAUUCUGGCUUAACAGAGAAUCUGUGCCUGCAAGAACUGUGUUUGGAGUAACAACUGUCCUAACAAUGACAACUCUAAGCAUCAGUGCUCGGAAUUCUCUCCCCAAAGUGGCUUAUGCGACUGCCAUGGACUGGUUUAUUGCUGUUUGUUAUGCAUUUGUGUUCUCUGCUCUAAUUGAGUUUGCAACUGUUAAUUACUUCACCAAAAGAGGAUGGGCUUGGGAUGGGAAGAGUGUAGUAAAUGACAAGUCCCCUUCAAUAAAAGCUGAAGGCAUUACAUUAACAUACAACUCAGUGAAAGCAAUUCUUCAAGGAGCUAAGCUAAUAUGGUCCAAGUAUAUAGCUUUCUCAUGGCCCAAUUUAUUCCAAGAAAAGACUUUAGAGUACUUAGAGAAGUGGAUGGACUGUUUAACCUUCAAACAAUCUUCUAAAAAAGAAAAGGCCUCUGUUAUGAUACAGAACAAUGCUUAUGCAGUGGCUGUUGCCAAUUAUGCCCCGAAUCUUUCAAAAGAUCCAGUUCUCUCCACCAUCUCCAAGAGCGCAACCACGCCAGAACCCAACAAGAAGCCGGAAAACAAGCCAGCUGAAGCCAAGAAAACUUUUAACAGUGUUAGCAAAAUUGACAGAAUGUCCAGAAUAGUUUUUCCAGUUUUGUUUGGUACAUUUAAUUUAGUUUAUUGGGCUACAUAUUUAAACAGAGAACCUGUAUUAGGGGUCAGUCCUUGAAUCGAGACCCAUAUUAUCUUUGGGAUGUAUAGCAACAUUAAAUUUUGUUUGUUUUGCUAUGUACAGUCUGACUAAUAACUGCUAAUUUGUGAGCCAACAUGUACAGUAUGUAUAUAGUGAUACAGCUUACCAGUAGACCUUUAAUGGAGACAUGCAUUUGCUAUCUCAUGGAACUGCAGACAGAAAGCACUCCAUGCCAAAAGAGUCAUUGCCUUUUGCCAAGAUUUACCCUUGGACCUAAUUUUAAGUGAAUUUCAGAUGACCUGAUUUAUUUCCUAUCCUUCUAAUAGAGAUGAAAAUGGGAAUCCUGUACAACCCUUUAUGGACCCUUAUGGAUUAGCUCUUAAGUAGGGGUAUUUUCUACUGUUGCUUAGUUAUGAUGGAAGACAACAUUGUUAUUCAUAGAUGAAUUCUUCUAAGUAACAGAACAUUGUAUCUGCAACAUCAUCUCCCUUCAUGAGUGCUCAGAACGCCUGCUAAUGUAAUUGGAAGCUUGGCACAUAUAAGAAAAACUAGAGAUUUGAAAUCAGCUUUUAAUUACUCUGUAUAGAAUCUAUAGCCAUGUACAUAUUUCAGCAUGACAAAUUCAAAUAAUUAUGAGUCCGCCCGACAGGUUGUUAAUUAUGCCUAUGAUUUAAUAACUAUUGGAAUGUCAUGGUCAUUACAUUUUUAGCUUCAGAGUUUAUUUGAAACUAAUAAUUGAAAUCCUAUAAUUUAUUUCAGUCAUUGGAAGCUACCUUAAUUAAAAAAAAAAAAAAAAAAGAAAAUAAAUGUGUCUUACUCUUUCCAGGUAUGUGUUGUAUUGAAAUUGAUCAGCUAAAUUUUAUUGGUGCUGGACACUGAAAAAAGCAUCCAGUUUGGUUGCUGUGGAGCAACAUGCAUAUUGGAUUAGAAAAUUGUGCCAAAAACUCCCGCAGAUGAGAAUUCAUAGGUGUCCCACACUACGAUGAGCACUUAUAUGAUUCUCCUCUUUCCUGUUUACUGCAAAUUCUGCCUUAAAGCUUCUUUUCAAGACUCAGAAGCCACUAAUUAUAAAGGAAAGGGCAGUUAAUUGGCACAUUUUUCUGUUGUGAAAGCAGUUCUUUCAGUUAAGAAUUAAUGUAAAUCUGCUUUUGUAAAUUGCAACUUUAAAUUUCGCUGACUCAAGUUUACAACAGCUUUGUAUACCAGAAGAGAUUUUGGUAAGUGUUGAACAUUUUUACACUGCAACUUUAAAACAUCACCAAUAGAUUGUGGAUUAUUUCACAUACACAAACAUAAACACACACACACACGCACACACACACACACACACACACACAAACACAGCUAAAUUAAAAACCACAAUUUUUAAUUUUAUAUAAUUACUAUUAAUUGAUAAAAUUCAUUUUUCUUUUAAUAUUUUAAAAUAUUAUUUACACCCCUGAAAUAUGCUAAUACAAUUUAAAAAUUGUGUAUAUUCCUAGAUUCAAAGUUUUUGGCAAACCUCAAGUAUUUUUGAUUGACAUGUACAUUAGCAGUUAUUAGUUGACUUUUACUAUUAGAUGCACCUUUACAAUGGUGUUUUUGUAGAAACAUAAGUAGUCAAAUAGUGACAUUUCUUGCAGUUUUGUACAGUAUUUGAGUAUAGUGCAUAAAUAGGUAUGUUCAUAAAAUCAAUAAAAGGAAUAUCUGUGGAAAUAAGCAAAAUCUCAACAAAAUUGCUAUUCCUUUGCCUCAUUUAAUUUUUUUAAAUUUUCUUUGUUUCAGUGUGAUUCUAUUAUAUGUUUUGCAUGAUUGUAUAAUACCAAGGUCACAAAUGCAUCUUAUUAACGGAAUUUGCCAAGAAGACAGUCUUGGCAUUAAAAAUUCCCUCUCAAAAGGUAACCCAUAAUCCUUAAUAAAAUAAAAUUGUUACAUGAGCCAA